CGUCCAAGUUCUAAACGAAACCAGCUAGCUACAAGCCAUUUACAACAACACUUGGCUAGCUACCUCUCUAAUUCUCUUUCUACAACAUCACCUGCUUAUUGAUCACUCCAUUAAAGGCACCUCCUUAAUUCAAUGGAGUCUCUACAGGAAUUGAGUGUCUUGGAAGCAAACAAGCGAUUGCUUAAGGAACUUGAAGACAUGGGUUUCCCACGGAUCCAAGCUGCGAAAGCACUUCAUUGUUCUGGCAAUACUGACAUCGAAGCUGCCAUAAAUUGGAUCGUUGAUCACGAGAAUGAACCAAGCAUCGAUCCAAUGCCCCUGAUAGCAGUGAACAUUGAUAUCGACUCUCCUCAGCCAAUUCAAACUACGGAGGAAAUGCAAAUAAAAGCACAAGAAUUAAGGAAUCAAGCUCGGAAGGAGAAGGAAGAUGAAGAAAAGAGAUUGGAACGAGAAAGGGAGAAGGAAAGGAUUCGAGCUGGUAAGGAAAUCCAUGAGGCAAAGCGAAUUGCUGAGGAUAAUGAAAGAAAACGUUAUUUAGCCUCGAGGAAAGCAGAGAAAGAGGAAGAGAAAAGAGCAAGGGAGAAAGUUCGUCAGAAACUUGAAGCUGAUAAGAACGAACGAAGGCGGAUGCUUGGAUUGCCAUCAGUAAGCCACACAGCUACAAAACUUUCUAGACCUUCCACAGAUGAUAAAAAGAACUAUGUCAGCGUUGCCUCUGUCUCAAAAGUAGAGCAGUUAAGAGAAUGUUUACGGUCUCUCAAGCGCAGUCACAAGGAUGACGAUGUCAGAGUCAAAAGGGCCUUUCAAACUCUUCUUGUAUAUGUUGGGAAUGUUGCACAGAAUCCUGACAAGGAAAAAUUCAGGAAAAUUCGCAUUGGUAAUCCAUUAUUCCAGAAUAGGGUUGGAAGAUUGAUAGGAGGCAUUGAGUUUCUUGAACUAUGUGGGUUUGAAAGAAUCGAAGAGGACAAAUUCUUGUUUCUUCCUCGUGAUAAGGUUGACUUGGCUGUUCUAACUUCUAAACUCAGCAGGACUGGAGAUAAAGUCUGCAAUGUCGAAUCCUUUCUUUGGACUUCUCUCCCAUGCGUAAGAUAUCAUAAUCGGUGUUAUAUCAGGUUACUUUCUCGAUUCUUAAUCAAGUUGUAAACUUCGAGAUAAUCGAAACGAGAAGAAAAUAUACAAGAAAAUAUACAAGACAUGUGUGUGUUAAUUUUACAGUCUAAUGCAGCGCAGCUCUCCUUCUAAUCAUUUUUAUUGAUAUACCACAAAUUAAGCUACUGCAAGCGUAGCUACAACUUGAAAUUGCUAGCCAAGUACUGUAUGUAUUUCGUAAUUAUUCCAUCAAUAAUCUGUGGAACUCGUCCACUUGAUCAUCAGGCAGGUCCAGGCAAAUAUUAAGGCCUCCAUCACCUUCUAGUCCAGGCAACAGGAAGACCAAACCAGGUUUUAACACAACUGGAGUAGCAUAUUUAAGUUUCCCCCAUGAAAAUACAUCUUCCUCUAGCCCCAGCCGAAACCAUGCCACUAAUGAGAAGCUAUUCUCAUUGCAAGGCGUCCCUCUGUGGACCUCUAACCAAUCUAUCCCAGACCUCACAUACUCAUCAUCGAAUCUCUCUACCCCUUCUUGCACUUUCCUUACAAUGUAAGAAUCCUCUUUGUCCUUGAGUUCUCUCACACUUGCUCGUGCACAUCCGGGAACCAAAGCAUUCCCAGCAAAUCCAAUUUGAACUGGUGGCACCACAAUUCUUCUCACGUCAACUGGAAACAACAUUGUGCUACAUACCUCAUCAUGAAUCUUUGUUGCAAUGCUCCUUGCCUUCCAUACCUUUGCAGCUAUGGCGUGAAAAGUGGUGCACCUUUUCAAUUUCCCAUCCGUGAGGGCUGCCAUUUUUAGGCUGGCAAUGCGUUGAGGGGGGAUAUGGAUCAAAUGAGUCGUAUUAUGUGGAGUACUAAAGUGCAUGACAUUAGUGCACCUUUUGCCUCCAACUGAGAAAAGGUUGUCUCUAGUUUCACUGGGUUUGGAGUACUCAUGGUGUGGGUGACUAAUUCUUGGUGGGUUCCUAGCUUUGAAGAUUGUUCGAUCAGGAUUUGGAACUAUGACCAAAUCAUCACCUCGAGUGAAUGCAGCCAAGUUUUUCUCAAAAUCCCUGGCAGCAGCCCCGUCCAAGACACAGUGAUUGUAGCGGGAGGCAAGUGCUAAACUUCCACAUCUGAAUUGUGUCAACUAUCAAAACAGAAGAUUAAGCUUUUAAAUCAGAAUAAAAUGUCUCCUAGAAAUCAAUUUUGUAAGACGUUUAAGAUGGAAAAGGGAAAGGAAAAAAAGCUAACAAGUAAUGGUAGUAGUUGAACCUGUAUAUAAAGAAGGGGCUUGUCUUUGAACUCCA